AACAAAUUAUGCCAGUUACUCAUCAUGGCAUGUUUAGUUUUAUUUAGCAAUCCAAGAAUAGUUUAAAAACACAGCACUAACCUUCUGGCAGACAGGUACUAUUUUACUAUUCAAACAUGCUGUAAUCCACCCUGCUUUCUGACACAUUUAAAGAGUAUUAAUUGUUAAUGCCGAGCCUUCUUGAAUUCUGUUCUGGAAGCAGACUGCAUUCGGUCCUCCAGUUUGGGAAAGAACAUCAGUUUGCUCCCACAGGAGUCCUGAUCUUAGCCUCGGGAGACUGCCAGCCGUAUUGUUUGCGCGAGUUUCUCCUGGUUGCCGCUUGCUGUUGGAGACGGGGAUUUUCAUCACAGCCUGUGUUGCAUUGUGGUGUUGCCUUUUUAAUUCUAACUACCAACUGCCUGGUGUUGCCGCUGCGGAUUAUUAUCUGGAAAUCUCUGGAGGAGCACUGCUGGGUCUUCAAACAGCUCUACAGACGAUAGUGUUUCUUUCUGCCUUUCCUCUUUACUGGUGCCAGCUACUUCUGAUGGUUCAGAUGGAUCCCGUGCAAAAAGCAGUCAUAAACCACACAUUUGGUGUGUCGCUCCCCACAAAGAAGAAACAAGUCAUUUCUUGUAAUGUCUGUCAACUUCGCUUUAACUCUGACAGCCAGGCCGAGGCCCACUACAAAGGAAGUAAACAUGCCAAGAAGGUCAAAGCACUAGAAGCAACGAAAAAUAGACCCAAAGCUGGUGCUUCCAAGGACAGCGCAAAGGCUAAUGCGAACUGCUCUGCUACACCAGUCCCAGCCAGCAUCUCUGACAAAUCAGAAGACAAGGCACACCUGACAGUGAAUGGCUCUAGUCAGCUUCCAAAUGCUGAAGUGGUCUCUUUUAUACCUGAGCCUGGAGCUACAGCAGUGCUUGUCACCUCCGCAGCGGUAGAAACAACAUCUACACCCUCAACGUCAACUUCUUCCAGAAGCACAAAUGGGACUACUAAUGCCAUUUCUGAAUCAGAAGAGGAGAAAGCCAAAAAACUGCUUUACUGCUCAUUAUGCAAAGUGGCUGUGAACUCCCUAUCACAGCUAGAAGCACAUAACACAGGUUCCAAGCACAAGACAAUGGUUGAGGCUCGGAAUGGUGCCGGUCCAAUCAAGUCUUACCCUAGACCAGGAUCCAGGCUGAAGGCUCAGAAUGUCACCAUGGGCUCAGGACUGCAGAACAAAACAUUUCAUUGUGAGAUCUGUGACGUCCAUGUCAACUCAGAAAUCCAACUUAAGCAGCACAUUUCCAGCAGAAGACACAAGGACAGAGUUGCAGGGAAGCCUACAAAACCGAAAUACAGCCCUUAUAACAAACUACAACGUAGUCCAAGUAUUCUAGCAGCAAAACUCGCAUUCCAGAAAGAUAUGAUUAAGCCUUUGGCCCCUGCUUUCCUUUCGUCUCCUCUUGCUGCUGCUGCCGCUGCCGCUGCAGUAUCUACUGCUUUGACUCUUCCUCCACGUCCUUCAGCGGCUUUGUUCCAGGCGCCUGCAAUACCCACAGCUCUCCUAAGGGCAGGGCACGGCCCCAUCCGAGCUACUCCCACAUCUAUCCUGUUUGCACCCUACUGAUGGUUGAAUCAGCAGCAUCUCAUCGCUACGGCCAUUUGGAAGAGAGACCGAAGGAAGCAAAUAAAGAUUCCGUAUUUUUCCAGUGACUGCGUUUUUAAGGCACCGACGCUUGAUUACUUCCCAACGAAAGCGGGUUGUGGGACUCUGCAUCAACGGGCAUUGCAAUCUAGACAACAGAGGCCUGUUGUUGUUUCGGAUUUGGUUUGGUUUGAUUGUUUCAACGAACACAACUUGGAUCGAUGGUUUACGAAACGAUUAAUUGUGCACAAAAUAUAGCGAGAGUUCAUCUGCUUUUUAACUUAGACACACGACAUGCAUU